AUGGAAUCUCCCAGUGACGCAGUAGACGCGGCGAACGCCAGGGUGGCAGAACUGUUAAGAUCUCCGGACGACUUGGUCAAGACUAGUCUCCUGCGCAAAAGGCUUGCAACAGAGAAGGCCACGAUCGAUGCUCAACUGAAAACCGGGGUAAAGGUGCAAUUGGAUAAUACGCAAGAGGGAAUUGAGACUUUGGCAACUUCCAAGCAGCAAAUGCUAAUCGUCAAAGACAACAUGCAAGCCAUCGAUCGUUUGUGUUCGGAGGCACGAGACAUGAUUCAACACUUUCCCAGGAUAAAUAAGGUGAUAUCUCGAAUUCAUCGUAAUUUUGUUGCGACAUAUGAAACCGUUCAGAGAUUGCAAGAAAUGUACACGACAGUGGAUCAAAUACAAAGUCUGUUGCAACAGGAUAUGCUGAACGUUUAUGGACCCGCACGCAAUCUGCUGACCGUUCACUAUCAACUAUUUCGACUUCAAGAAUUUCGUGAUAUCACGAUGCACCAAGCUAAAAAUUCUUCCUUAGAUGAUGUCGUCCUUACUUUGGAACAAUAUUUCAAGAGGUUGGACGAACUAUCAUUGGACUUUGUUGAAUACCUCUGGACACUGACGAGAAACAUCAUGGAAUUUGCAAGGAAAGGACAAGGGUCCGUUAUCGUGUGCCUAAUUAAAGUGAUAGAAGCAGAGGAGAAGGCAGACGAAAGAGCGACAGCAGCUGAACACGCGCGACACAGUCACCAAGAUCUGGCGGUCAAAUUUAAAUCGAUUCAGACCAGCCCCCGCGUUAUAAGAUCAUUUCGAAGUCAAUUCCAAGAUAAGCUUCACGACUCGAUCUCGAAAAUGUUUGACGGUUUUUACGAGGAGUUCAAGGACGACCAGAUAAAGUUGCUGGACACGGCAGAGUUCAUAUACGAUGACCUUGGGGUGGUGUAUCAAGAAAUCGUUCCAAGGUUUCCCAAAAAAUACAACAUAUUCUCCGUUUACGUUUUAGCAUACCACAGGCACUUGUAUAAUAUCUUCGAUAGGAUUCUUAAGUCAGAUCCAGAUGCAAGAACCAUUUUAAGAUUAAUUAAGUGGGUUCGUCAGUAUCGUAAGAGGAUGAACAAGGAAUUUCGCAUCUCCGAGGAUAUCCUGGAACCUCCUUUGCUUGAUGGAAACGAACAAGAGUUGAUUGAGGAUUACCUCAAAUUGAUAAGGCGUAAACUUGAAGAAUGGAUGACCAACUUGAUGAACGACGAGACCAGGGAAUUUAUCGAACGAAGCAAAGCACCGGAAUUAGAUGCCAACAGGUUGUACGGUCUAUCGGGAUCCGUGAUCAUGUUUCAGAUGGUGAACCAACAAAUUGACGUUGCUGCCGAAUCGGGACAAGGAAAGAUACUGGCAGAUGUGGUGAGAGAGUGUGCAAAGUCUAUGAAAGCAUCACAAGAAGCAUGGAUGAAGUUGUUGACCUCAGAAUUGCGAAAGCAAAUUGAGAAGCCGGACGAAGCUUCGCCUGGAUUUGUGGAAUAUGUCAUUGCGUUGGCCAAUGAUCAAAUCCGAUGUGCCGAUUUCACCGACGCGAUUGUUAACCGACUAUCCGAUUCACUUUCCGAGAGGUACCAAAAUCAAAUUAACAAUGAUCUUAACGACGCCAUGGACGGAUUCUUCUUGGUUGCACAGGCGGCAAAGGACUCAUUGUUGGACAUAGUAUUUAAUGACCUUAAAUUACCAUUCGGUCAACUGUACACGCCCUACUGGUAUCAAGAGGAUCCAAUGUUGCUCAUCAUCGAGACGAUCAAAGAUUAUGACAACGAUUUUCAACUUCACAUGAACGAAUAUCUAUUGGAUAAAUUAAUGAACAACAUCCUGGAGAGAUUUAUUAUCGCAUACAUUGAGGCGAUAAAAAAUAAAGGCGCAAAAUUCAAGAAACCCGAAUGUAUAACCCGAGCGCAAGGUGACGUAGGCGCAGCAUUAACCUUUUUCCAACAGCAUAUACCAGCUUCUGAGCUAAAAAACAAAUUUGACGUAAUAAACCGAAUUCAUCAGUUGUUCGAGAGCAAUCGUAAAUCGAUAUUUUUAGAUUACUACUCAAUGAAGAAAAUUUACGGCGAUAUGCCCGUCGGAUUUGUCGAAGAAAUUUUAUCAAAAAGAGAUGAUCUAGAAAAAUCUCAUGUAAAAGAGAUUAUGGAUAACAUUAAGUCAAAAAGUAAAGAAACCGGUGAAUACACGGGGAAACCAACUAUCUUUAGUAAGAUCAAUUGGUAG